UGAUAUAUAUUACUGUUUUUAAUCAUUGGAACCUGCCCUUUAUUUUUUUAUAAUAGUAUUAGAAUAAUGCACGUGCGUUAAAGCUAAAUGAAGAUUGUUAGACUGUUUUUUUUUUUUCGUUCUGUCAAUUUGGCCAAAUAUCUUAAAAGUUUGCGAAUGUUGAUAUGCUCGUUGGACAGGCUAAAAUAAAACGCACGCUAUGUCAGAACGUCGGGACUCUACGUGUCAGAAGCACGAACUUCCGAAAUCAUUGCAAGGAACAGAGGAUGCAGAAUUCGUAUGGAGUAUGAUAAUCGAUAGGUUUCCAAACGCUGCACCGCUUCUUUGCGAGAUGGAGGCAGUUAUAGAUCGCGCAGAGGAUCUUCUUCAGCAACUGCGAACACCUUGUCGCGAAAUUGAAACGUCAACCUCGUUCUGCUCUCCAGACUCGGAAGAUUCGACCGUGAUGAUCUCGGCUAGGGAAUCGAUUUUCACUGACAUCGAUACCGCGGAAGAAAACAAUGCUGGAAAAAACGUAGCAGAGAUACAGGUUUCUCAGAGCACUAUGUGCGAAGAGGACGUCAACGUAAACGGUCAACGUUCUGAUUUUAAGGAACAGGAUACCAGAACUCAGUCAAGUGAUUCGUUGAUGAUAUUCCAUCCCACUGAAGAAAAGUUUCCCGUUGUAGAAUCUCCUACAAAAGUUGAAACUGACACCGAUCAGAUGACAAAGCAUGCACGCAGUUUAGAGGAAUGGGGUAAAGCAGUGGACAAUGCUUUACGAGGAUCGAUCUUAGGCAAAGAACAAAUACGUAAAGAAACAACUGUCGUCGAGAAGAAGCGCGUUGAUGAAAUCAAAACUGAAGAUGAUCGUCAAAGCUCUUGCAUUAUUCUCCAUCGUCAAGAGAAAUACGCAGAUGUCGAAGGUUCGGUUGUUUUAGUUGAUUCUGAGCUGAGUAGGAAAACAGAAGAAUCAAGAGAGAAGUCCGUGAACGCCACUACGAAAAUGAAUACAACUGGGAGCGGUGACGAGGGCACUUCGAAUCAACGAACGCCGCUAAAUAUCCUCGAGGCAUACUCGAAACGAUGCGGAGUUCCAAUUACGUAUGAAUUCAUAACUGACGGACCCCAUCGUCAUAAAUCGAACGUGUUUGUAAUACGUGGAUCUCUCGGUGGAUUUACCGCCACUUCUCGAGGACAAACAGAAGAAUCCACGAAGAAUGAUCUAGCCUCGAAAAUUCUACAAAUGAUAGCCAAUCGUCAGAUGAAGGAUGAGAAGCUCAUCACCCUUGCAAAGCUAUCAAAAGAAGAAAUGAUGGAGGUAAUUAAUCUGGGUAUGGACAGUCCAAGGGAAACAGCUCAAAGGAAGUUGUACCAACUGUGCCUUGAAAGAGGACAGGAGCUUCCUAAAUACUGUGUGGAUAAGAGAGAAACUUGUGAAGGUUUAUCCUGUAUAGCUACGUGUACUGCAUUGGGCUACAUUGGAGAAGGUCGCGGUGUCAGGGAGUGCGUUGCCAAGAGAGCAGCCGCUGACGACUUGUACCAUCAGUAUUGUCAAGACACGAAGGCAGCGUCGAAGUAAAAUAUUUUAAAUCACGGAUAACAUGAUACGAACAUCGGUUAGCCUGUUUCCACGAAGACUAAGCAACCUGAAACCAUCCAUCC